CCAGGAGGGGGUGGAUUUUGCCAUCCCUUAAUAGAGAGAGCAGUAUCGUUUUUUAUCCACUGGGUUGUUUACCAACUUCGGAUGUGAGCGAAAAAUAGACCGAAGGAAGGUUUACUAAAGGAUAAUGAGUGAUCGAGUCGUUCGUUGAAUGCGAAGAGCAAAGAGACGCCGAGACGAUAACUACGGCUCUCUCUCCCUCUACCUGUGUUUCUCUCAUCUCAUCUUACCCAAUUGCAAUGGCCAUGGCAGACCUUCCUUGGUUGGCAUGUAGUAGCCACAGUCCAUUUCCGGCGGCGGCAAAUUUUCGCAGAAUGAGAGCCUCGUCGUCCACGCACACAAAAAAUCGUCCUCUUCCAAGUCUCUCCAAAUCUUACGGUUGGAGAGGUCGAUUCCGAUGCUCUAUGGCCGCCACAACCGCAGUUACUCCGUCCAAGGUGGGUGCUGAAGGCGGUGAACCUGUGUUGGAUUGCGUGAUCGUUGGUGGCGGUAUCAGCGGCCUCUGCAUCGCACAGGCUCUUAACUCGACUGAAAGUGCCCCAAAUGUGAUAGUCACUGAGGCAAGAGAUCGAGCCGGAGGCAAUAUAACCACGCUAGAGAGGGAUGGUUAUCUCUGGGAAGAAGGUCCCAACAGCUUCCAGCCCUCCGAUACCAUGCUCACCAUGCUCGUGGAUAGUGGUUUGAAGGAUGAUCUAGUUUUGGGUGACCCUAAUGCACCACGAUUUGUAUUAUGGGAUGGCAAAUUGAGACCAGUACCCUCUAAACCAACCGACCUGCCUUUCUUUGACUUGAUGAGCCUUUCUGGUAAACUCAGGGCUGGCUUUGGUGCCCUUGGCUUGCGGCCUCCACCUCCAGGUCAUGAGGAAUCGGUCGAAGAGUUUGUGCGUCGUAAUCUUGGUGAUGAAGUGUUUGAACGAUUGAUAGAGCCAUUUUGUUCUGGUGUUUAUGCGGGAGAUCCAUCAAAACUGAGUAUGAAAGCAGCAUUUGGAAAAGUUUGGAAGCUAGAGCAAAAUGGUGGUAGUAUUAUAGGCGGUACCUUCAAGGCAAUCAGGGAGAGAACUAAUGGUCCCAAGCCGCCUCGAGACCCGCGUCUACCAAAACCAAAGGGUCAAACAGUUGGAUCUUUCAGGAAGGGACUGGCAAUGUUGCCUGAUGCAAUAUCUAAUAGGUUGGGCAGCAAAUUAAAGUUGUCUUGGAAGCUUUCAAGCAUCGUUAAAUUGGAUAACAGAAGGUAUAGGUUGACAUAUGAAACACCAGAAGGGUUGGUUUCUUUGCAGAGCCAGAGUGUUGUUAUGACUGUUCCAUCUCACGUGACAAGCAGUUUGCUGCGUCCUCUUUCCGCUGCUGCUGCAGAUGCACUAUCAAAAUUUUAUUAUCCACCGGUUGCAGCAGUAUCCAUUUCAUAUCCAAAAGAGGCAGUUCGUAGUGAAUGCUUGAUGGAUGGUGAUCUAAAGGGGUUUGGCCAGUUGCAUCCGCGUAGUCAAGGGGUGGAAACUUUAGGAACUAUAUACAGUUCAUCACUUUUUCCUAAUCGAGCACCGCCUGGAAGGAUUUUGCUCCUGAACUACAUUGGAGGGGCUACCAAUCCUGGAAUUUUGUCAGAGACGCAGGGUGAACUUGUGGAAGCAGUUGAUCGUGACCUGAGAAAGACGCUAAUAAAUUCUAAUGCAAAGGAUCCACUUGUUUUGGGGGUGAAAGUGUGGCCUCAAGCCAUUCCACAGUUCUUAAUUGGUCAUUUUGACAUCGUUGAUUCUGCAAAAGCUGCUCUUAAAAAUGGUGGAUUUGAAGGGCUGUUCCUUGGAGGCAAUUAUGUAUAUGGUGUGGCCUUGGGCCGAUGUGUGGAGGGUGCUUAUGAGGCCGCAGCAGAGGUAACUGAUUUUUUGUCACAGUAUUUGUACAAAUAGUUAAAUUUGUGGUGGAAUUUUUGAAUAAAUACUCCAUUUGUUAGAAAAAGCACAAUGGGGAUAUUUUCUUCUGCAGUACCCGUAAAUCUCUGGUAGCUUUUGUUAGUGAAUGGGGUUCCUUCUGUUGGGUA